CAUCUAAGGAGGUAAUCAUAUGUUUCAUUGAUUUUUUUUUUCUCUUUUUAUUAUUAGAACCAACCUAUAUCACAAUUGAUCCACCUGCAUGUGGGGAGUUAUCAAACUGUACGCUGACAGAGAAGGACUGCGUUUAUGGUUUCAAACUUGAUCACAAUGGUUGUCGAACCUGUCGGUGCAAACAUAGGGAGGAGCUGUGCUCGGGCCUCAAGCGAGGCUGUACUUUGGGCUGCCCCUUCGGUUUCCUGACUGAUGCCCACAACUGUGAGAUCUGUCAGUGCCGCCCACGGCCCAAGAAGUGCAGACCCAUAAUCUGUGACAAGUAUUGUCCAUUUGGAUACCUGAAGAAUAAGCACGGCUGUGACAUCUGUCGCUGCAAGAAAUGCCCGGAGCUCCCAUGCAGUAAAAUCUGCCCCCUGGGUUUCCAGCAGGACAGUCACGGCUGUCUUCUCUGCAAGUGCAGAGAGGUCCCUGCUUCAGCCGGGCCACCUGUCCUGUCAGGCACAUGUCUGUCCAUGGAUGGCCAUCAUCAUAAAAAUGAGGAGAGCUGGCAUGAUGGGUGCCGGGAAUGCUACUGUCACAAUGGACGGGAAAUGUGUGCUCUGAUCACCUGCCCGGUGCCUGCCUGUGGCAACCCCACCAUUCAUCCGGGACAGUGCUGCCCGUCAUGUUCAGAUGACUUUGUGGUGCAAAAGCCAGAGCUCAGCACCCCCUCCAUUUGCCACGCCCCGGGAGGAGAGUACUUUGUGGAAGGAGAAACGUGGAACAUCGACUCGUGUACACAGUGCACCUGCCACAGCGGGCGGGUGCUAUGCGAGACGGAGGUGUGCCCGCCGCUGCUCUGCCAGAACCCCUCACGCACCCAGGAUUCCUGCUGCCCCCAGUGCACAGAUGAACCUCCUCAGCCUUCCUCAUCCCAUAAUGAGAGCGUGCCUAGUUACUGCAAAAACGACGAAGGGGAUAUCUUCCUGGCAGCCGAGUCCUGGAAGCCUGACGUUUGUACCAGCUGUGUGUGCAUGGACAGCGUCAUCAGCUGUUACUCUGAAUCUUGUCCGUCGGUGUCCUGUGAAAGACCUGUUUUGAGGAAAGGCCAGUGUUGUCCCUACUGCAUAGGUAAGACCAAGAAAAAAAAUCCGUUGUUUCUACCAGUGGCUGUUAAAUCUACACUGACAGCCAUUUGCCUAGAUCAGUUCAUGUUUGUGACCUGUUACAUGGACCCAAAGGAGUGGUAUGAGGCAGGAGAUGGGAAUCAGCCAGAAGUCAUUGUAGUUACCAGUUUGCAAGACUUCGUCGAGUUCCGCUUUUCCAUUCUUCUCCAGUCAAGACAGGUCCAGUGCGCCAGCCUGUUGAAAAUCAGUCUUCAUCAGUGCUUACGAGUCUGUGCGCCGCUUGGUAAUAAAUGCUUGUUAACUGUUUUUCUCCUAGACAUGGGUCACCUGCAGGUAGAUUACAGAGAUAACAACAGGCUGCAUCCGGGCGAAGAUUCUUCACUGGACUCCAUUGCCUCGGUUGUGGUUCCCAUAAUAAUCGGCCUCUCUAUUAUAAUAGCAUUCCUAUUCAUCAAUCAGAAGAAACAGUGGAUACCACUGCUUUGCUGGUAUCGAACACCAACUAAGCCUUCUUCCUUAAAUAAUCAGCUGGUGUCUGUGGACUGCAAGAAAGGAAGCAGAGUCCCCGUGGACAGUUCACAGAGAAUGCUAAGAAUUGCUGAGCCGGACGCGAGAUUCAGUGGCUUCUACAGCAUGCAAAAACAGAACCACCUACAGGCAGAUAAUUUCUACCAGACAGUGUGAAGAAAGGCGACGUCGAUGAGGCUUUGAAAGACAGAAAACGACUAAAUCUGCUUUUAAAAGUAAACUAGAAUUUGUGCACUUGCUUAGUGGAUCGUUUUGGAUUGUGAGUUGAUGUACAGCGCUGAGAACUUACCGGGAUGGGCUCUUGUCUACAGCAGUGUGCAGAACAAGCAUUCCCACUUUCCUCAAGAUAACUGACCAAGUGUUUUCUUAGAACCAAAGUUUUUAAAGUUGCUAAGAUAUAUUUGCUUGUAAUAUAGCUGUAGAGAUACUUGGGGGCGGGGACAGUUGAGUUUGGUUGGGGAGAUGGGUUGGGAGGGUGGUGUUGGGAAGGCAAAUUGGUCAGCUGGGCUCGGGGAUGGGGGAGAAAUCCUGUUCAAAUAAAAGCAGUUGAGUGGCCCAGAGGAGCUUUUUUUCCUUGAAGACUGCACUGGUUGCUUCAAAGCUCGGGCCCGAGUGAGCGGGAAAACAAAGGCCUUGCGACCCGGCUGCUAUCAUAGCCACCUUAGGACUGCAGAUGAGCGCACCAGCACCUGGCGCUAGCCAUCCCCGCGCUAAAGCCACGAGUUUCUUGUCUAUACGGUCCCGCUGCGGUGGGCGGUGAGGAAGCAGGAGAGAUGCGCUGCGGCAUUUCUCCGACGCGGGUUGUUAAGGAGAUAGACAGUUAUACUUUUUGCUGCUUUUGUUCUCUUCCAAGCCAAUCAGCCAGUUCCUAGCAGAGUCAGCAGGUGAACAAGACCUAAGUCAUUUCUUGAUGUGAGCACUGGAGCUUUUCUUACCACCACGUGGCAGGAAGGAGGCAGAGGGCGAAAGACACCAGGUAUUUCCAGGGGCUGUACUUCAUUGUCUGUCGUGGCUUUGUUCUCUUGUUGGGUGUUCAUAGUUUUUGUUGAAGCUCUAGCUUAAGAAGAAACUUUUUUAAAAAAGGACUGUUUGGGGAUUUUUUUUUCCUUAUUCUAUACUGAUUCUACAAAAUAGAAACUACUUCAUUUUAAUUGUAUAUUAUUCAAGCACCUUUGUUGAAGCUCAAAAAAAAAUAUGCCUCCUUAAACUUUAGCAAUUAUAGGAAUAUUUAUGUAACUCUUAUGCUUCAAAAAAACAAAAGUAUUUGUGUGCGUGUGUAUAUAAUAUAUAUGCAUAUAUAUUUAUACACAUACAAUUUAUGUUUUCCUGUUGAAUGUAUUUUUAUGAGAUUUUAACCAGAACAAAGACAAACAGGCAUUCCAUAUCAAUGCUUUUGAUCACUUACAAAUUUUUAAGAAGACAAAAUUUCAUUCUACCUGCAGUUUAAUUGGGAAGAAAGAUGUGUGUGGUGAGUGUGUGAGCGUGUGAGGGUGUGUCUGCUCACGCCUUGUGCAUCAGCAUCACACCUGCUGUGGAGAAGGUAUUCCUUUAUUAAAAUCUUCUUCCUCAUUUGGAUAUGCUCUCUGUUGGUUUUCAAUUUGCUCACUGGCCAGAAACAUUGAUGGCAGUUUAUCUGCAUCACUAAUCAGCUCCUGGAUUUUUUUUUUUCUUUUCUUCAAACAACUGUUUGAAACAACUACUGGAAUAUUGUCCAUAAUAAGCUGGAAGUUUGUUGUAGUUUGCCUCAAAUAUAACUGACUGUAUACUAUAGUGUUAACUUUUCAAACAGCUCUUAGCACUUUUAUACUAAUUACCCAUUUGUGCAUUGAUUUUUCUUUUUAAAAUGCUUGUUGUGAAAGACACAGAUACCCAGUAUGCUUAAUGUGAAAAGAAAAUGUGUUCUGUUUUGUAAAGGAACUUUCAAGUAUUGUUGUAAAUACUUGGACAGAGGUUGCUGAACUUUAAAAAAAAUUAAUUUAUUAUUAUAAUGACCUAAUUUAUUAAUCUGAAGAUUAACCAUUUUUUUUUGUCUUAGAAUAUCAAAAGGAAAAGAAAAAGGUGUUCUAGCUGUUUGCAUUCAAAGGAAAAAAAAGAUUUAUUAUCAAGGGGCAAUAUUUUUAUCUAUUUCCAAAAUAAAUUUGUUAAUGAUACGAUGUUACCAAAAUAGAUUUACAUCAGCCUGAUUAGUAUAAAAUUUUGUCGACAAUUAAUCCAUUCCUGGCAUAAAAAAUCUCUAUCAAAAAAAAAUUGUAAAUGCUUGCUUUUUGUUUUUUUCAAUCAUGGCCGUAUUAUGAAAAUACUAACAGGAUAUAGGACGAGGUGUAAAUUUUUUUAUUAUUAUUUUAAAGAUAUGAUUUAUCCUGAGUGCUGUAUCUAUUACUCUUUUACUUUGGUUCCUGUUGUGCUCUUGUAAAAGAAAAACAAAUAUAAUUUCCUGAAGAAUAAAAUAAAUAGAUAUAUGGCACUUGGAGUGCACUGGGGUUC